UUCAUUUCUUUGUGAAAGUGUUCUUUGGUACUUCCCAAACAUUCGUACUUUGUUCUUGUUCCUGAGAUAUUUUUGUUUCCUUAAAACUCCCAUUUAUAUCUGCGUCAAAAUGGCACAGCAACUGGAUUGGCAGAGUGGUGUUGUCCAAGAAAUCAUGAAUCAUCAGGUUCAUGCGGGUUUGUUCGUCGUGGUUGAUCUUAGCGCUGAACUGUAUCGGGAUAUCCCCAUCACCCUCCAGAAUUUGGAAGUUGUUCCAGCCGCUGACAUUCAUUUCCUGAAAGUCUUCGAAGCGUUGGCAGUAGCGUGUAUGAAAUUAUUUUUUGACAAUAUUGUAUCUAGUUUGCGUGCACAAAAUGUACAUAUGUAGUGGCAAGUUCAAUUGGUUGCAGCAAUGGGGAUAUCCCGACAAUUGGGAAGGAAGUUCAUUCGGCAAUGGUGCUGGAUCGUUGGAAUUUUUCGGAUAUAGUGAACUUGGGCCAGUUCAUGAAACGUUGGCGAGUGAAAGAAGAAGUUAUCAAGGCAGUUGUGCUGCCAGACGGACUGCGCUGGCGUACGGGAAACAGUUACUUUCGUGUGGUUUUCUUUGAUGCGUUCUUGCGUCCGUUUGCUGUUGGUGCUGACCGUGACCCGCAGUUUUUCAUGCAGCUGGCGCUGCACUGCGGCAUCCCCAAACUCGCAAAUGUUGUCCACACAGAGCAUUUGAUAGCUGAUGGAGCUUAUUCCUUCCAACGCGUUCGCGACUGCAUUCGUAGCUGUGAACAUCACAUCCGCCAAAUGCGUGAGCAGCGCGAUUCAGGCCACUACAUUCAUCGGGUUCGAUGCCCGUAUUGCCCGGCGGAUCCCGUGGCUCACCGCCUGAAUCAGCAUGUGAUGGAUAUCCAUCGAGAACAGUUUAUGCAAGGUGGUUUUGAGUGCGAAAAGUGUCACUUGCCGGUACGCGGCCCGACGGGGAGUACAAGCGCGGACGCAACGUACCAUGCCAGCGUCUGCCCGUUUAUGGACGGGGCGCUCUACGAUGAUCUGCUGCCACCGAAUGGACGCGUUUUUCCGGUUGGCAAAGAGUUCCAUCGCCGACUGCGCCGCGGGAACGGAAUCAACGGUGACGUUGCGCUGCAGUACAACCAGGCUGGAGAUUUUGCGUUUGAGAUUCAUGGAGGUUAAACGAUGCGGGAUAUCCCACCGUGAUAAGUUGAUAAGGAAUCUGACUUGUGUUCUCGCUGCACUUUUUAUGGCUGUUCAUUAGAUGCUGCACAGAAUUACUUUUUUCCGAAUUUUGUUUCGGUUGUGCCACGCUGCGUGAAGGCGCCCUUGUGCGGAAUCUCAAUGUUGCGCUCAAUGGUCCGGAUUUGGUCGAGGGUGGUGAGCGUUUCGUAUUGGAAACGGAAUUGUUCUUUCUUUUGUGAUAGAGUAAUUGGUCGGUAUUGUGGGCAGAAAGUCUGUCAUUGUUUUUUUUACACGUUGUGGAGUAGCACUGACUGGUGAGUGCUUAUAAAGUCGUGAUU